AGAGAGAGAGAGAGAGAGAGAGAGAGAGAGAGAGAGAGAGAGAGAGAGAGAGAGAGAGAGAGAGAGAGAGAGAGAGAGAGAGAGAGAAAAAAAAAAGAGAGAGAGGGUAUGGGUCAAAGAGAUGGAUAGAUUGUGUGAAGGCGUGUGUCCAUGCGUGCGUGUGUGUGAAUCAGGGGGUGGGUGCAUUAGUGCAUGUCAGACAGCAAAGAGAGCCGCAGUUAUCUAGGAAUCUGAGUCAAAGGAACCUCACUAACAGAGACAGAGAGAGAGAGAGAGAGAGAGAGAGAGAGGGGGGGGGGAGUGAGCAAGCGAGAGAGUGCAAGAGAAACAGAGGGAGAGAGAAAUAGGAAAGAGAGAAGUGGAGAGGAUGAAAGAGGCAUGCAGAUAGAAACACAGACAGAGAAGAAGAAGUUGAAGUUAACACAGAAAUAGAAGAAGGUUAUGGGAAAAGUGUGGAGGGACACCAUCGAAGGCUUCAAACAAAGCAUCAAGCGGAGCAGAAACCCAUCAAGAACGCCAACAAAAUAUACAAAAGAAGAGCGUCACUAAAGACGUGUCGGCACCCAAGUCCAAGAGGCUGGCAAGGCAGAACAGGUUUAAGGUGAAAACCGGUGUCAGGGGGGACAGUAAACGGAAAUACACAGAGGUGUAGUGUCUGAGACUGGAUUCUGCCCCGAAUUCUGCAGCUUUUCAAAUUCUUUUAGGAGUCUUCCCAUGUUUCCAUUAGGCUCUCUCGGCGUGCUCCCCCUGCUGUCCCUGUGUGUAGGGGCCAUGUUGUCCCCCCCGGAUGCACCUCCCGCCUGUCCCCACUGCAAGGACAGUCUGGUGGCCGCUCCACUUGCGAGGACAGGGUCAGGGGGGUGUGAGAGACGCCCCGGGAUGGCAGGCUGCAGGGUGGCGGUCGCCCCCCUGGCUGCCUCCGACCCCCCGCUGAGGGUGGAACACAGACAUGAAGUUCGACAGGUUCAGCCCGAGUCCAGGGAUGUGUCGGAGCGUCUGGUCCAGUUGCAGCGCUGUAUGAAUACCCUCCAGGAGCCAGGGGUCCCCAGGGGCCGUGUGGGCCAGGGAGGGGACACGCUGGGGGCCAUUCUGGCUCUGAUGGCUGCAGUACUGACAGAGUGUGACCUACACUGUCACAGCCAGGCCCUCAGGGCUAUGGCCAGGCGACUGGAGGGGGCAGCGGUUGGGAGAGAGGGAGAGAAAGACCUGAUACUACUGUUGAGGAGCAUCACACAACCCCCUCCAACAGAAUAUACAGCUGUAAGAGCAAGAGUGUGUGUUGCAGUGGUCCCCUCAGCGAGGCUGCAUCCUCAGGACUGUGCUGAGAUCUAUCGUUUGGGGAUCAAAGAGAACGGAAUCUACACCAUCCAGCCUGAUCCACACAGACCUGCAGUGGAGGCAGAGUGUGACAUGGAGACAGCAGGCGGGGGGUGGACAGUGUUCCAGCGUCGGCGAGAUGGCUCGGUGGACUUCAACCGAACGUGGCAGGAGUACCGCGAGGGUUUUGGUUCCCCACAGGGAGAAUACUGGCUGGGGAACGCAGCGCUGCAUGCGCUAACCAACACUGGUCAACACCUGCUGCGUAUACAACUGGAGGACUGGCACCAGCAGAAACGCCAAGCCACCUACAACACUUUCAGAGUGGCAGCAGAGGCACAGAGGUACCGUCUGACAGCACGGGAGUACUCUGGUGAUGCGGGCAAUGCCCUAAGCUACAGUAAACGCUACAACCAUGAUGGCCGAGCGUUCAGCACCAACGACCGUGACCACGAUCGCUACACAUCAGGGAACUGUGCGGAGUACUAUGGUGCAGGCUGGUGGUUCGACGCCUGCCUGGCGUCUAACCUGAAUGGACUCUUCUACCGCGGGCGCUACAGCGGGCUGACCAAUGGCAUUUACUGGGGCACCUGGUACAUCCUGACAGACAGUCACAGCGGAGAGCGCUACUCCUUUAAGAGUGUGGAGAUGAAGACACGCCCACGCAACUUCUAAUGAAGACUGACCUGGGAGCUAGUAGAUAGACAUACCCAAACAUAGACAUACCCAAACAUCAUUAUUUUUCAGGAGAUGGCCAUAAACAAUAACUGGUAAUGUUGCAUAGUUAUAGAAAGGUCUAGAUCUCACCUUUCAGUAAAAAAAUGGUUAUAAAUUGCUGAGAUAUACUCACUUAUGAGGACACAAGCUCAAUUACAUAGUAAAAAUAUUAUGAAAAUAUAAAAAAUAAUUUAUGUUUUUUUCCUAUUUAACAAAUUUCCCCUUAUAACUGUAAAAUAAAUGAUCAUAUUUAGUGACAAUUUCAUAUAACUGACGACAGAGACAUUUCUCCUAAAAGUCCACUUAGCGGAGCAAAGACACCAUUCAAAUGUGUGCAGACUCAUUACAUCUUCAGCGUUAAACACAAAGUGAUUUUGUCUGUCUGUGAUCAAGAGAAUGUUGUCUUGUUUAAAUUCUUCGAAAUUAUUUAGUCUUUUUUCAUGUUGAGAUCUCUAAAUCCGAUUGAGAAUAUCACAGCGACAUGAACCACAAUUGUUGGGUACGCUAGACUGUUACUGUUCAUAUGCCGCCUCCCAGGCUGGGCUCUGUCACUCAUAAGCAGAGCGAAUCGAUUCUUUGUCUGGAUAGGCCAGAAAAUGUGACACGUUUAUGCAAACGACACCCUAUGCAAAUGUGGUGUCUGAUACCUGACACAUCAAGUCAGCUCCGUUGAGAGAGUGGUAGCGCCGAGUAGACAGAUGGGGCUUUCUGACAAUAUAAGGCACAUUCACCUACGACAUUCACAGAACGCUUUGUACCCCAAAAUCAGUUGGAACAUGUCCCGAACCGCUUAAAGUCCCCUAUAUAGGGGACUUAACAUCUUCAAAUUAAAACAUAGGCCUACUACACAAUAGUCUGAGCCACAGUACUGUAUAUGCAAAUCUAGGGUGUGGAACAUUAGCCUGGUCCCAAUCUGUUUGUGCUGUCUUGCCAACUCCUAUAGUCAUGUCACUCCAAACAAUAUUGGCAAGGCCACACAAACAGAUCUGGGACCAGGCUAGGGAAACCCUAAUCUGGCUGCAGAGUGUGUGAAGGUUAUUGUUACUCAGCUAAUGACUGGAUGUUUGAUUCACUGGAUAAUGUUGGGAUAGUGAGCCAUUAAAUCAGUUUUUCCAGGUGUAAAUAUGGUGUUAAAUGGAAAACUGGUCAGAUGACUCUAUCCUUAUCAAGUCAAAUCAAAAUCAAAUCAAAUGUAUUUAUAAAGCCCUUUUUACAUCAGCUGAUGUCACAACGUGCUGUACAGAAACCCAGCCUAAAACCCCAAACAGCAAGCAAUGCAGGUGUAGAAGCACAGUGGCAAGGAACAACUCCCUAGAAAGGCCAGAACCUAGUAAGAAACCUAGAGAGGAACCAGGCUCUGAGGGGUGGCCAGUCCUGUUCUGGCUGUGCCGGGUGGAGAUGAUAAGAGUACAUGGCCAUUAAGGCCAGAUGGUUCUUCAAAAUGUUCAAACUAGAUGACCAGCAGGGUCAAAUAAUAAUCACAGUGGUUGUAGAGGGUGCAACAGGUCAGCACCUUAGGAGUAAAUGUCAGUUUGCUUUUCAUAGCUAAGCAUUUAGAGGUCGAAAGAGAGAGAGAGAAAGAGAGAGAGAGAGAGAGAGAGAGAGAGAGAGAGAGAGAGAGAGAGAGAGAGAGAGAGAGAGAGGGUUGAAAACAGUAGGUCCAGGACAAGGUAGCGUUUAUGAUUAAAGUAUGUGUUGAAAUUGAAUUACACCAUUAACCAGCAGAAUCUGUGACCCUAAAGGCUCAGGGGCUCCUCACCCCUGCUUCAUUUGUAUUAUCCAUAAUUCAAGUCAUAUACCAUGCAGAAUCUUUUUGUUUUAUGAGAUUAAGACAACUGUAAAGUUUUCAUACAUAUGUUUUGCAAAUCUUUCAACAAAAAUGUAAUGUAGAAAUGUGCAAUAACAAUCAUGCCUGUAGAGAAAUUACUGUUCAAAUAAAUUGCUAUGACACGUAUAA